AUGGACAGUGUCAUGGCAAUAGCAGAACACGCGGUUGCGCGUCGAAAGGUCGUAUGCUUCAACCUGGGCGCCCCCUACGUCAGCCGGCUGUUUACAGAGCGCGUGGACAAAAUUCUACCAUACACAGACCUCGUUAUCGGCACCGGCGAUGAGACUCUGGCUUUUGCUGAGGCUCACCAGCUGAAAGACCGCUCGUUGGGUGCGGUGGCCAAGUUCUUUGCCGGCUACGGCUGGGUGGGUCGCCCGCGACAUCGGCUCGUUAUCAUCACCCAGGGACCCGAUCCCAUCCUCCUGGUUUCCUCGGAGGACAUGCUCAUACGUACCAUCCCCGUGGAUCCAAUUCCUCCGGAGAACACGAUUGAUACCAAUGGCGCAGGUGACGCCUUUGCUGCCGGAUUCAUCUCUGAGUUCAUCGCUUGCGGUUCCAUUGACGACGCAGUCGAAGCCGGAAAGAAGGCAGCCGCCUAUAUAAUAGGCAAAUCUGGCUUUUCCCUUGGUCGUCGGACAGAAUACUAAUGCUCCCCCCCUCCCUCUCCUCCCUCUCUCCGCCAACGUGGCAGCGGGCAUUAAAGCGUGAUCUCACUGAGACCGCCCCCCCUCUCUCUGUCUUUCACCCCCUAGCUAAUGCCUUGCUACCUCUCCGUCUCCCCCCCCGCCUCCGUGUUUCUGUCCCUCCGUCUUCCUUGUUAUGCCCUGUUAUCGAAUUUGAACACAUCCUCCUGUAAGCAGUAGACCAAGUUUUUUGUUUAGUAGGAGACACUGCCUGCGCCAGUCGUGGCCGACUUUGCGCGUAGGCGGACCAGACUUAAAGCAUAUCCGAGGUAUGGUGGUUUCAAUUGGGUGGUGGUACAGAGAGAUUAACUGAACUUUUAUUUCCGUCGUAAGAAAUAGUGGCGACUUAUCCCAUGAGAGAACAAAACAAAACUGUGUCCAUCUCCGUAUACCUUUGCAAGUGUCCUGGAGUCAUACAGCACUUUCUAACAAUCGGUCAACUCUCGGUCACAGUGACGAGCUGCAGUUUAAAAUGUGGACUCCUUUCGUACAGUCAGGUAGUGCAACUGAUGGUGAUGACGAUGUAUGCUAAGAUGUUGUGUCGAGUAGUUUGCCCCCGCGACGCCUGGCUGCCCGGUGAACAUGCACAGAUGACAAUGAUGAUGGUGAUGCUGAUGACGAUGAUGAUGAUGAUGAUGAUGGUGAUGAUGAUGAUGAUGAUGAUGAUGAUGAUGAUGAUGAUGAUGAUGAUGAUGAUGAUGAUGAUGAUGAUGAUGAUGAUGAUGAUGUAGUUCGUCUGUCGCAAGUAACGACGUCCACCGCUGUCCCACGAGGUGGACUGAGCAGCGGCGAUUCGCGCAUAAAUCUGCCAAUGUUGCGACGGGUUUUCACAGCCUCCACCCCACUAUCUCGCCACAUUCUCCGUGCUUUCAUGUCGGAAUGA